AUGCGAUCAACUUCUGAUGAUGAAAUCGAUCAACAACUUAUUGAUCAUUAUGAAGAUUUUCAAGAAAAUCUUUAUAGGAUACAAAAUAUGAAUAAUACAAUCGAUUUUCAAUGGAUCUCAUUGCUUGCUUGGUUAAAAUAUUAUGCACAGAUCUAUGCCAUUGCUUUAAAUAAUGAGAGUCAUCGAUCUGUUAUGUCAAGAAUAGAUCGACUUUUAACUAAUGUUGAUUCUCCAUUCAGUUCAACAUUGAAAUUAUUUAUUUUCAAGCAACUUCGACAAAUUUCAGAAUUAACUCUAGAUGAUUAUUGUGAUAGAUAUAGUUAUCGUAAUCUUGAUUGA